AUGGACCGGUACUCAGACCUUGGCGCAUUUCUUUACAACAACUAUGUUCAAGCUCUUCAGAUCAUUGAGACCAACACACCCAUCCUCGAGGAAUUCAAGCAGCUCCAUGAUCUUACGGAUGUGGACUUCAUAAACUGGCGAAAUGAGGAGUUUGAGUAUCUCAACAAGGUUGCUACGGAACCUACUUCGGAUGCAAUUGUAGUGGCUUACGUUGAACAGCUUGAGAAGCUUCAAUAUGCGGAAGAAACAUAUGGCCGUCUUACUUCUGUGCCCUUUCUGACGUACACUCCCGCAAAUUUCACUCGCACAUCUGGCCUCAAUGCCACCGCUCACAACAAUUCCAAAGCAUUCGAAUCUGAGCAUGCAUCUGUGCUAUGCAAAUAUGAGCUGCAAUUGAAUGUUGUCGAAGAUUUCGAGCAUCGUCACAGCAUUACGGAGCGGUGGCUACCGCAUGACCCAAAAUACACGCAAGCAGUCAGAUAUUCUCAGGAACGUCAAUUCAUUCAUGCGGUUGAGGAAUUGGAGGGCUUAGUUGUUUGGCGUCUUUUUGAGUUAUCAAAGGCUAAUCUUGCCAGCACUGGCUACAAGAUGAGAAAGUAUAUCUCAAAGGCCAUCACACGACGUUCGGCUGCCAUCCAAAUGGCUUUGGAGAAGUACAAUAGACUCGCACCCUUACAAAAUCCACCAUGUCCCGUGCUCGACUAUACCGAAAUCGUCGGUUACGCAUCCCUCGGUGAAUUUUCGGUUCUGAAACACUCACGCCACAAUAUCCUUACAAAACCAUGGACUGUGUCUGCUAAUCGCGAGAUGGCCGCGAGGUAUUUCAAAUUGGUGCGAUCACACGAAGAGAUUGUACGGCUCAACGUCGAGAUCAAACGCUUACAUUGUUGGCUUGAGCACGAGGACAGGACCACGUUGGAAGCUAUUGAUUCACUCCUCACUGAUGACCCAGAUUCUCCAUUCAUAGCUGAGUUGAAGACAUUGUAUGCCAAGCACCACCGUGUCAACAACAACCAUCGCAAGCGACUCCAACAAAUUUACGCACUCGACAGAUACACAGGUGAUCGUCUUCCUACAGACCAGACAGUGACUGCAUCCAAUGGAGACAGAGAUGAUGAGGGUAGCGUGAAUGGUCCUGAAGAUGAUGCUAUGAACGAGGAGGCCAUGAGACUUGAAGAUUUAGUAUCGCAUUCUUUGUAA